GUUCACCAGCCACAGCUGCGCGAUUCUCCUGUUGAAUUAUGGCUGUUCUCAGGCUCCUUACCGUUGUCCUGCUUUUGCCCUCGCUAAUGGUUUAUGCCAUGGACUACAAUAACUUGGCGGAUGUGGCAUGCGGCCAAACGAUUAAAAAGCAGCCACGUAUUGCUGGCGGCGAGACGGCUUUGCCCGGGGAGUUUCCGUGGCUGGUGAGCAUUGGCAUCAAAGCUGGACAUAUCUGCGGCGGUACUAUUGUUAAUAAGAGAUUCAUCCUUACUGCUGCACACUGCUUCUGUGGACGAAAUGGUUUGAAGGAAAAAAGCUUGAUACGCGUGACACUCGGCGAAUAUAACUUGGCGGAACCAGAAUAUCCCGCUGCUAUAGUAGUGGGUAUCAAGAAAAUUAUCGUCCACGAGAAUUUUACCUGCGGCAAAUACCUGAACGACGUAGUUCUGCUGGAAGUUAGCGAACCGAUCGAAUGGUCUGAAAGCGUUCAACCAGCUUGUUUACCUUUGGCUGAGGGUUAUGUUGGUCACAGUACUUUCACUGGUCAAAGUGCCAUUGCUGCUGGCUGGGGAUGGCUCGGAGAGAGUCCCGAGCUUAUCUAUAAAAAAUCGAAGGUUCUACAAAAAGUCGAAGUGAACGUUGUCGAGGAUCAAACUUGUAAUGAUUGGUACGCUAGUCAAGGAAAAAAAACCCAAUUGAAACGCGGACAGAUGUGCGCUGGUCACGAGGAAGGUGCACGUGACGCUUGCGGGGCCGACAGUGGUGGUCCGCUCAUGCUCAACGAUAACGGCGACAGAACCAUGGUCAUUGGUAUUGUCUCAUCCGGGAUUGGAUGUGCUAGGAGAAGGCUGCCUGGAAUUUACACGAGGAUCUCGGAAUUUGUGCCCUGGAUUAUUGAAAAAGCCAAGUGAAUUGACCCUUGAAUAGCUCGGUUCCUUUUCAGCUGCUGUUAACGUUCCACCGAAGAAUAGUUAUUUUGUAUGAUACUUUGUUUUAAUAAGUUAUUGUUCAGCUUGUUGUAGUUCAACUACCCUCGAAUUGUUAUAGAAACAUUAACCACGAUUGUUUUUAUAUUUAGGAUUUUAUGAUUAAUGAAUUAAUCUAAUCCAAGUAGCGAAAUCUUUUUAAUUUUAUGUGUCAGUGUUAAUUUAAAUUUAAUUGCUCGAAGAGAACAUUUUGAAAACUUUGGAUCACAAAAUUAAUCUUCGGUCGAUUUUCGAGUAUUGAUAAGAGCACGGACUGUUUUUCUUUAUAAUUAACAAGGAUUUCCGUUAAAAAAUCAGGACGUUAUUAUCCCACUAUCCUUUUAAAUGUGAUAUACCGAUAUCAUCCCUUUAGGUUAUGGAUUUGUAGGCCAAGAGGAAACGUCUAUUCACUGAUUCAACAAGCUGAACUACAGGUUGACAAAACUAACAGUCACCUGCCGAGACCUGUUUAUAUGAACUCUUUGAUUAUUUGAAUUUUUUGAAUUCUUUUUAUCUUUAUUAUACUGACGAUAGACAUUAAAAAGCAUUGACUGUGAUAAGUGUGA